AUGGGGUUUAUCGCAAUGUAUGCAACUCUUGCCAGCCGAGAUGUUGACUGUUGCUUGAUUCCAGANUUUACAGGGUUUAUCGCAAUGUAUGCAACUCUUGCCAGCCGAGAUGUUGACUGUUGCUUGAUUCCAGAAUCACCCUUUUAUCUUGAAGGAGCAGGUGGACUUUUUGAAUAUAUAGAGAAACGACUCAAAGAAAAUGGUCACAUGGUUAUUGUCAUAGCUGAAGGUGCAGGACAGGAGCUUCUUUGUGAGAGCUUGCGGUCUACUGAUCAGAAGGAUGCUUCUGGAAAUAAGCUUCUCCAGGAUGUUGGGUUGUGGAUAUCUCAGAGGAUCAAGGUAUGA